AGCUCCAAGAAGCCAACAGUGACAGAAGGAGGCAGAAGAGCUGCGCUUUGUUUUUGUUUACAUCGCAGAAACCGAUGCUACUGACGCAGUUGGAUCGACAGCGGCCGUUUGUCUUUCUGUCACCUGGAAGCUGAACAUACCUGUGAAGCCUGUCUCUCCUCCUCGGUUCUAAUUGGGUGGAAAAUAAAGCUACAGUUGGGAGCUUUUUAUCACCGCCGCUAUGGCUCAGCAGAGAGGAGUCAACAGCCUGCAGUUCAACCAGGAUCAAAGCUGUUUCUGCUGCGCAAUGGAGACUGGAGUCAAAAUCUACAACGUGGAGCCGCUGAUGGAGAAGGGUCACCUUGAUCAUGAGCAGGUAGGCAGUGUAGCUCUGUGCUCCAUGCUGCAUCGCUCCAACCUGCUGGCCUUGGUUGGAGGUGGAGUGAAUCCUAAAUUCUCAGAAAUAUCCGUUCUGAUCUGGGAUGAUGCUCGAGAAUCCCGGGACUCCAAAGAUAAGCUGGUGCUUGAGUUCACCUUCACCAAACCUGUUCUAGCCGUCCGCAUGAGACACGACAAGAUCAUCAUUGUGUUGAAGAACAAGAUCUUUGUGUACAGUUUUCCAGACAACCCUGUCAAGCUUUUUGAAUUUGACACCAGAGAUAACCCCAAAGGUAUCUGUGAUCUAUGUCCCAGUCUGGAGAAACAGCUGCUGGUAUUUCCUGGUCAUAAAUGUGGAAGCCUCCAGCUGGUUGACUUGUCCAACACCAAACCCGGCACAUCAUCUGCACCGUUUACCAUCAACGCCCACCAGAGUGAGAUCGCCUGCGUGGCCUUGAACCAGCCGGGCAGUGUUGCAGCUUCGGCAUCCCGCAAAGGAACCCUCAUCCGUCUGUUCGAUACCACAACCAGAGACAAACUGGUGGAGCUGCGCAGAGGGACUGACCCAGCCACCAUCUACUGCAUCAACUUCAGCCACGACUCGUCCUUCCUGUGUGCGUCCAGCGAUAAAGGCACCGUCCACAUCUUCGCUCUGAAGGACACCAAACUCAACAGGCGCUCAGCUCUGGCUCGUGUCGGGAAGGUGGGCCCUGUUAUUGGUCAGUAUGUGGAUAGCCAGUGGUCCCUGGCCAGCUUCACAGUGCCUGCUGAGUGUGCCUGCAUCUGUGCUUUUGGGAAAAACACAUCCAAGAAUGUGAACUCAGUCAUUGCCAUCUGUGUAGACGGGACCUUCCACAAGUAUGUGUUCACACCUGAUGGAAACUGCAACCGAGAGGCCUUCGACGUUUAUCUGGACAUCUGUGAUGAUGACGACUUCUGAGAGUAAAAGUCAUCAAAAUGGGCGGAGCCUAAGAAAGGCCACUGCCCUGAAGAGACUGUGACUUGGAGAUGGUGGAAAGAAAAACAAACGAUGCAGCCCCACAAACUCAGUUUAAAACAGCUGUAUGCUCUGUUUGUAACAGUCCAAUAUGCGCGUUCUCUGGAUGAUGAACAUCACAUGAGUAAUUUAGUGUAUGUAUAAAAACUGAAAGGAGACAAACUAAAAUGAAAAAUGUUUUAUAUAAACCCAUUUUUCCUUAAUUCUAAGUAAUAAAUUGAUAUUUUAUUGAUGUUGAUGAAUAUAUCA